AAGUUAUGCAGCUGUUGACUACAAACGCAAUAUGAUGACGUAGAUAGAUGUCGCGUAGAAUAACGUGUUGAUUGGUAUUAAUUUUACCCAAUCAAACAGCUCGUCACCUUUUUUUUUUGCUUUUCAUGCCACAGUCGGUAUUUAAAUUCGCUCCUCGGAGUUUGGGAACAGCUUUGUUUUUUCAGUUGAAGUUACGAAAACACAAUGGGGACGCAUGUACAACUGAACACCGGUGCCAAGAUGCCAAUUAUAGGGUUGGGGACUUGGAAGUCAGCUCCUAACAAAGUCAAAGAUGCAGUGAAAGCAGCCAUUGACGCAGGAUACCGUCAUAUCGAUGGUGCAUAUAUCUAUGAAAAUGAAAGCGAGAUUGGGGAUGCCAUUGCAGAGAAGUUCAAAGAAGGAGUUGUAAAGAGGGAAGACCUCUUUGUUGUCAGCAAGCUCUGGUGCACUUUCCAUGAGAAGUCAGUUGUGAAAAAGACUUGCCAGAAGACUCUGUCUGACUUAAAGCUGGACUAUUUAGAUCUGUACCUUAUUCACUGGCCCAUGGGAUUUAAAGCAGGUGAUGUCGGCUUCCCAUUGGAUAAGAAAGGUUUAGUUCUGCCAAGCAACACCAAUUUCCUGGAUACCUGGGAGGGUAUGGAAGAGCUGGUAGAUGCUGGUUUGGUAAAGGCAAUUGGUGUUUCCAACUUCAACCAUAAACAGCUUGAGUCGAUACUAAAUAAGCCAGGCCUGAAAUAUAAGCCUGCUAACAAUCAGAUUGAAUGUCAUCCCUAUCUCACCCAAGAGAAGCUGAUAAAAUAUUGCCAUUCAAAUGGAAUCUCUGUCACUGCAUAUAGUCCCUUGGGCUCACCUGACAGACCCUGGGCAAAACCUGAAGAUCCAUCCUUAUUGGAAGAUGAUGCAAUGAAAACCAUAGCUGCAAAACACAAGAAGACCCCAGCUCAAGUCUUGAUUCGCUUUCACAUACAGAGGAAUACCAUUGUUAUUCCAAAGUCUGUGACUUCCAGUCGCAUUGCAGAAAACUUUCAGGUUUUUGACUUUGAACUAAGCCAGGAGGAAAUGGAUACAAUUCUGAGUUUUAACAGAAACUGGAGAGCAUGUCCAAUGCAGUGGGGUGUGGAACACAAGGAUUAUCCUUUUAAUGAAGAAUAUUGAGGGGACUGAACACAUGAUUGGAAGAUGUUAUUGCACACUCCAACCCAAAACAGGGGUAGAAUACCAUCUGGUAUUCUCCUUAUCGCACAGAUCAAGCUGUUCGUUUUAUGUGUGGAAGUAGUUUCUUAUUUUCCUCUUCUGUUUUCUUGUUCAGUUGACCAGUGAGCUUUUGUGAAUAUAAGCUUUGAAUAAAGCUGUUUAAAAAGUGUUGGUAGUGCCUUU